UUGGGUCAGCUGCUGUUUAGGUGUGUUGGUGACUGUCUCAGAAAGCCAGAAGUCAGUUGGCAGGCGAGCAGUAAACCAGACUGUGACAUCGUCCCGGUUGUAUUUGGAAGUCGCACACUGUAGCGCUACACAAAGAUGAUCCCUGUAUAUGUCGUGCUCUUAUCCAUGGUCGCAGCUGUACAAGCUGAAACCAAAUGCUACGAAAACCUUGGAUGUUUCACAAAUGACGGUCCAUAUGGAGACUUACUGCUGAGACCAUUAUCUAUCUUUCCUGAUUCUCCAAAAACUAUUAACACCCGAUUCCUUCUGUUCACUGUGGAUAAUACCGACCACUAUCAGGUUGUUAGCGCAUAUAAUCUCUCCUCAUUGCGGGAAUCAAAUUAUAACUGCAGCAGAAAGACGAUAUAUAUUGUGCAUGGAUUUAUUGAGAAAGGCACUGAUCCCUGGCUGGUUGGUCUGUGUCGGGUCAUUUUACAGCGGUACGACGUGAACUGCAUCUGUGUGGACUGGAGCGGGGGAUCCUAUGCUCUCUAUACGAAGGCGGCAAACAAUGUCCAAGUCGUUGGGGCAGAGAUUGCACAUUUUAUUAACGUUACCAUGACUAACUUGAGCUGCCCCCUGGACAAUACAAUCCUCAUCGGACACAGCCUGGGAGCUCAUGCCGUCGGGGAAGCUGGAAAGAGAAGGCCGGGUGUGCCGGUGAUAUUUGGUCUGGACCCCGCUGGACCAUUCUUCCAGGAUACUGCUCCGGUAGUUCGUCUUGACCCCACGGAUGGUCUACGUGUUUACGCUAUCCACACAAAUAGAGGUCUUCUUGGGAUAGACCAAUCAGUGGGACACAAAGAUUUCAAUCCAAAUGGAGGACGAAAUCAGCCGGGGUGUAGCAUACUGCAGACUACUCUUGACCUCGUUAACUAUCAACUUUCCAACUUGAGCACUGGGGCUUUGAAUAUUUUUAAGUGCAGUCAUGUCGCCAGUGUCAAGUUGUUCACAGAAUCAGUCAUCAACCCUGGUGGUUUCAUGGCCUACUGUGCCGACGACUAUCCCUCAUUCACGGCUGGUGCUGGAUUCCCUUGUCCCAACGGCAGCUGCACACUAAUGGGCUACAAUACAAGAGACGAAGGUGACGCAACCUGCCAGAACUAUUAUCUGAAUACUGGACCUGAACAUGACUAUGAACGCUGGAGAUACAAUGUCACCCUUCAGAUCACCGGUAGCGCAGUCCUCGGAUCUCUACAAGUCACUCUGUGUAAUCCUUCCAAUUGCUCGGAGGACAAUGAGAUAUACAGCGGGGUAAUUGCAGGCGGCACAUACUCAAAGUUCAUCGAUGCAAGAAUUCCCGGUCCUGUCACUAAUGUUACAUUUAUCUGGAAAAUAUUACUUAAUCUCUUUAAUCAAAAGCUGGGAGCGAAAUCUGUGACCGUGCAGGACGGAAAAGGAACAGUGUACAAGUUCUGCGGUAAUGCGAUCACGAGAGACGGCGUUCCUCAGACUCUCCACCAUUGUCCUUAAUCCUCCCCGGCAUCACUCUGCUCAGGGUGACAGUAAUAAAGUGAUAAUGGUGUAA